CAAGGUUUAGCCAGGCAGCCAGUCAGUCUGUUAGUCAGGCAUUACCUGCAGUGCGCAAGCUCCGAGAGAUCCAUGAUGACAAUGCUCAGCUGCAAGGAGACAGACGCUCACAAUGCGCUCUCCUGCCAGAAGAGGCUCCUUCACUGUCUGCUGUUUUGGAUGACGCUGCUCUCCAUCUCGCAGAUUGUUACUUUGGCUCUGCUUUUCACCUGGGCUUAUCCUGUAACGCCUCCGCGUAGUUGUAAGGAAGAUGGACAUGUGAGCGGAUUCUUUGGAGUGAAAAGCAGAGCAGAAGACAACCAGAAAAAACUCUCCUGGAAUCAUAAAACCAACAUGUUACGCAACAUGUCAAUGGAGGAGGGAGCUGUAAUAAUCCCAAGAAGUGGCUUGUACUAUCUCUACACGCAGAUCAGUGUGCAGGGGAACUCUAAGAGCACAGCAGAGCAGAAUCAGCUGGUCAAAGUGAUGAGAGACAUGGGGGAAGAAAAGGCCGUGCUGCUCAGGAGGGACUUCACGGUGGAGGCAGGCUGGAGGGUGCCCACCUCAGGAUACAUCGGGGGUCAGUUCUUCCUGGAAGAGGGUGACAAGAUCUUUGUCACCUUGGAGUCGGAGGCCAAGGUGAAGGAAGACGACCAGGAGACCUUCUUUGGUAUCUACUUGCUGGAGGCAGUUGAUCUUUAAGCAGGGACUUCUAGACUUGAAUGGUCAUCUGCCCCAUCGUACUGCAGACUGCAAACUAGUGCAUGGACACAUUUAUUUUUUAAAAUUCACACUGGCUGUGUACCCACCUGCAAAAAGCUUGUGUUUUUCUGGAAGAGGACAAUGGACCUUCGUUCCAGAAGAGUGUGUGGUGUGAACGCUGGAAGCACUUCCUCUUCUCUUGACAUGCCCUUGCUACAGCAAUUGGCUGUUCUGUAUUAAUGUUAUUUUUCUUCUUGCUCUUAUGAAUGUCAGGUUUUCUGCUAGUGAACAACCAGCAGUGCUGUAUUUUUUUAUAUUUUUACCAGGACUAAAAUGAGCAUUUUGAAUCGCUAUGUCAAGCCACUACCCAAAAGAACUGGCAGUUCUGGCACGCUCUGGGAUUUUAGACCGUCCAUCGCAGUUAUUCAGCUUGAAUUGGCUUAAACAAUGUUCUUGGACCCUGGACUGUUGAAUGGAAGUUGAGAGCUACUGCCCUGUGGUCUACAACAGGGCAGUCAAGGUACUGGGGGAGAGGCUAUUCCACUCCUGGUCUUUGUUCCAACCCUGUUCUGUUGUUUAACUGAACCAAUCGAGAUCCUGAAGCAAUUAAUGAUCUAACCUGUUAAACCAGGAGUGGAAUAGCCCUCCAGGACUGUGAUUGGCCUCCCCUGGUCUACAGCAUUGACAAUCCCUCAGCUACGAGUCUGUCCAUGUCAUUUUACUACAAAGGCUAGAAUUUGCCAUCCUGUUUAAUUAGAGGCUUUGAUUUCCAGGUUAACCUUAAAAUCAGAACCCCUAUGCUUUUGGUUUCUCGGUUCUCUGUAAAAACAUCAAGCUCAACAGCACAAAGCACCCAACUGAAAGACUGGAUUUGAUUGCAAACUGUCUUGGUCAACCCAAAUUGUCCGAUAUCGACCAAUCCUUUAUUAAAACAAGCUUCCAUAUUUAUUAGUUCAACAAGACAUCCUUGGGGACUGGCCAGGACUUUUUUCAGUUUUAAUAUUACGUGUUAUUUGUGUUCUGCUUUUCAGUUUUACUGUCUGUUGUUCGGUAUCUUUACUGUAAAUAAUAAUAAUAAUAAUAAUAAUAAUAAUAAUAAUAAUAAUAAUAAUAAUAAUAAUAAUAAUAAUAAGCUGUUUUCUGAAGCUUUGGACCUGAAACUUGGUUUAGCCUGAACGAAACUGCAUCUGAGGUUGGAAGACCCCCUCAGUGAUGGAGGGAGUUGGUGUCUCGUGCAGGACUGCAUAUGCAUGCACAACACAAACUGGCCUAAUUCAUGAUAGACUUCAAACAUGAGCAGCUGAUAUUACCAGACCGUACACCAAGAACAAUACAACUAUCCUUUCCAUCAGGUACAAUCAAGAAGUGGUAAAAAAAAAAAAUAAUUAAAAACCUGAUCAUUCAAACAGCAAUCCAUUACUUUGAGUUGCUUAUCUGACUAAAAACAUUUAUAAUUCACCUGAUUGACUGCCUCAGACGUGGUGGCUUCAGAUUCGCUGAUCAAUCCGCAGUUUUGUGAUGAAUCCACAAGACCAGUCCACUACUUUCAGUGUAACUGGACAAUAAGAAUUUAUAUUUUUAUAUAGCGCCUUUCAUUGUGGACCACCCUCACAAAGCGCUUUACAAGAUACGAGGCUA